AUGACUACUCCAAGCCCAACCCGUGAGAAAGCCACUAAUCGGCGCUACUACAUUAAACAGAAAUGCCGAGCAAAAGAACUUUUGACGGGUCGCCCUGUUCCAAAAACCAUCCUUCCGAAUCUUACACAUCAGCUAGAGAAGUCAGAGGGCUAUGAUGACUGGGAGAGAGAAGUGAGGUCAAUUCUGGGCAAGUACAUGCUGCUAACCCUUUUGGACUCCAAAAUCCCCCGCUCAGAGCACGAAAACAAUGGAACAAAGGCUUGGUCUCUAGUAUCCAAGAGUGUUGGUGGUUGGCUACGCGACAAUGUGAGCAAUAAAGUCAACUCUCAACUUGACGAAAGAGAUGGCACCCCUACACUCGCUCAUGAGAUCUGGGACAACAUUCGAAACCAAAUGACAGGAUACAACCCGCAUGCCGACCUGGAAAUGUGGAAAUCAUACACAGAGAUGACCGCCAGCGACUAUCCCGAAACAUCGACCUUUGUGCGGGAAGUACUUACGAGGGCAGCGGCGUUGAAUGAGCAGAAGAUUCACCAGUCACCUUACUUUAUCCUUUUGAAGAUUCUCGAUGGCUUGAGCGCUCAACAUUCUAAUCAGAAAAUUCGCAUUUUGAACACUUUGAAGCACAAUCAAGGUCCAAACGAUAUCACCCCCGACAAGCUACAAGAAAUGGCGAACGAAAUCAUGCACGAGCUUCAGGAUGAAGAAAGCAAGGCGCAAACCACAAGUCUCGUUGAUGGUACCAUGAAGUUGAAUAUUCUUGCAACAUAA